UGUCCCGAAUUCCAUCUUUAUGAUGAGGGCUGCUGAGACUACAGGGUCUUAUAGUUUUUUCCCUCAUACUGAUCCGUUUUGACUAUUUCGGGAAAUCUGCCACAGCGCUACGCUCCAGAAAGAAGUCUGUACCGCCCAAAGGUCUUUCUGCGUCAGUAUACAUCUUGCCCAUAAUCGUUAAUCUGUACUGCUAUUUAAGAGGAAGAUGCCUAGUGCUCCGAAGCAGCGGAAGAUAGCUAUUGUUGGCAGUCGCUCUGUGGGUAAAUCUUCUCUUACAGUUCGGUUCGUUGAACAUCAUUUCGUAGAAAGCUACUAUCCGACGAUUGAAAACACGUUCAGCCGCAUUAUCAAAUAUAACGGUCAGGACUUCGCAACUGAAAUUGUUGACACAGCUGGUCAAGAUGAAUAUAGCAUACUGAAUUCAAAGCACUUCAUUGGCAUCCAUGGAUACAUAAUUGUCUACUCGGUGUCAUCCCAUCAAUCAUUUGAUAUGGUCAGAGUUAUUCGAGAUAAGAUACUAAAUCAUCUGGGUGCUGACCACGUGCCCCUUGUUAUUGUCGGAAAUAAGAGUGACCUCAAGUCAGAACAGCGUCAGGUAUCCUUGGAUGAAGGGCGGCAACUGGGCGAAGAAUUCAACUGUGCUUUCACUGAGGCCAGUGCUCGACUCGAUUACAAUGUUGCAAAAGCCUUUGACUUGAUGAUCGGCGAGAUUGAAAGGUCCCAGAAUCCAUCUCAACCUGCAGGAGGGAACAAAUGUUCCGUAAUGUGAUCAUUUUAAAAUUCACUAGGUAUUACUCGAUGGGUAAUGUGUCUGGGUGGGGUGGGGAGAUCUGUUCAACUAUGCCUAGUCACCUACAAAGCCUCCCUUUGUUCUAUGUAUGGCGUGUUCUUGGUUUCUUUCAUAUCUUACAUGUUAAUCAUCUUAAAUGAAUCUGAUAAUACUUCAUCACAAUACAACAACU